CAAUCUAGGUAUAAAUACUCCUUAGCUGCUUGCCAAAGAUAUCAGUUGUCCCUCAUAUCUCCAGAGUUCAACAAAGAUAUCAAAGCUAGCAAAAUGAAAUUCUUCAUUGUUCUCUGUGCAGUAAUUGCCAUGGCCGCCGCUCAAUGGACGCCGAAAAGCAAGGAGGAAUUAUUGAAGUUCCGCGAGGAGUGCUUCAAGUCCGAAAACGUUCCACAAGCAGUCAUCGAGAAGUUGAACAAUCGCCAAUACGAUGAAGAUUUGGGCCAGGAGGCUCGGUGCUACAUUCGCUGCAUUGGUCUGAAGUCCGAAAUCUGGGAUGACACCAACGGAUACGACCUCGAAAGAAGCUACCAGAACCUUAUCAGCACUGGAUUCGAAGUCAGCAAGGAGAACUUGCAGAAAUGUAUCACUCCAAACACUGAUAAUGAUGAUAAGUGCACUUGGGCUGCUAAGAACUUGAAGUGCUUGUGGACAAACAAAUAUGUUACCAAGAAACAAAAAAUAAUUAAGAAUAUUUUUACUUUAAAUAAAUUGUGUUUACUCUGAA